AUGAUCCUUCCUCGUCCUGUGAUCGUGGUUUUGGCCUUAAUGGCAAUGGUUUACUCGGUGAAAGCCGGUGGAGGAGGAUACGGGAGCCGAGGAGGAGGUGGAGGAGGUGGCUUUGGUAAUUCCGGAGGAUUUAGCGGCGGCGGAGGAGGGUUUUCUGGACACGGUGGAUCUGGAGGAUUUGGCGGAGGUGCUGGAGGAGUAGGUGGAAGAGCCGGAGGAUUUAGCGGAGGAAGCGGCGGAUAUGGCGGUGGACGAGGUGGAGGCAGCGUCGUCCGCGCGCCCUUGGUCGGCGUUGGCGUUAUCUGGAAAAUUCAAGAUUUCCGUUUUGAAGUUCAAGGACAAUUCAGCAAAGGCGUAUAUCCUUAUCGAAGAAGUAGAUGUCUGGCAUAA